CUCCCUUUCGUACCUGUUUUCAAACUUAUAAGCAGUCAUCACCAGCAUUGUUUUCUCUUUGGUCCUUCCAAUUCAGAUACAACAACAGCUCGUCUCCUUUUCAGUGGAACCAUUGCCCUUCUAGUGGUCCCUUUAUGCAUCCCUGGUGUUGUCUGUGCUAAAGAUUGGUUUCAUCGCUCCUUUCAUUCUUUCCGUCUUCAAGCUUGGUCUGGCUUCAUUCAUGUUGAUGCAGACAAUCUUGAGAUUCAUAAAGAGCUUCCUUCCCGUCAUGCUGGUAGUAUUGGCUCUGUUGGGCAAGGAUCAUUCCAUCACUCAAGCGAAAAUGGAGUAGUGAAUGGGAUCAAUGGCCAGGAAUUUGCUGGAGAGAUUGAAGGGUGUGGAUGUUGCCAGAGAACGAUAGCCAAGGAUCAGUUGGCAAUGCUCGGGGAAGAGCAUCCAGCUCCUACCGUUGUACGCAGGUCGGAUUUCUGGUUGUAUUGUCUUGCUUACUUCUGCGGAGGUACAAUAGGGCUGGUUUAUGGUAACAAUCUAGGACAGAUAGCGCAGUCUGUGGGACAAGGAUCAGCCUUACACCCUAUUCCUCAUUUUCGUUCUUUGGCCGAUUGCUUUCAGCUGCACCAGACUACAUUCGUUUUGACCACUUCUACUUAGCCAGUCAUUACUCUUAUUUCCCAAUGAUCUGUCUCACGAAUCUGUUGUCCUAGCUUGUUUAAAAGAAUCAAGAGCAACUUCAGUAGAGCAUAACAGAAAGAUAGGGAGGGCAAAACUUCGUUGGAACAGAGCAAAC